AUGUCUUUAUGUUUUAAUUAUAAAUAUUAUUAUAAUUUCAUUUUAUUAUCAUCAUCAUCAUUAACUUCAUCAAUUAUAAAACAAUCUUUUAAUAAGAAUCAACUAUUUCAUACUUUAUCAACUUCAUCUAAAAGAUUACAAUCAACUUCAUCAUCUCAUUAUAAUCAACACGAGAAACAACAACCACAGUUGCAACCAGAUCUACAACAUCAGCCACAACAAUUUUUAUUUAUAAAUUCAGAAAAUAAUUCAACAACUACUACUACUACUACUACAUCCACCAACACCACCAUCACUAAUAGAAUGUCUGAUUUACAAAAUCAAUAUACAAUAUUAGCAGAUGAUUCAAUUAUAUCAAAACCAAUAAAUGAUGAUAGAAAUUAUAGAUUUUUCAAAUUAAAUUCAAAUGAUUUAAAAGUUUUAGUUAUAAAUGAUCCUGGAGCUGAUAAAUCUGCUGCUUCAUUAGAUGUUAAUGUUGGUUCAUUUAAUGAUAAAAUUUAUGAAAUAUCAGGAUUAGCUCAUUUUUGUGAACAUCUUUUAUUUAUGGGAACUUCAAAAUACCCAAAGGAAAAUGAAUAUUCAAAUUAUUUAUCAAAACAUUCUGGAAAUUCAAAUGCUUAUACAUCUUCUGAACAUACAAAUUAUUAUUUUCAAAUAAGUUCAAAUUAUUUAGAAGGAGCAUUAGAUAGAUUUUCACAAUUUUUUAUAUCACCAUUAUUUAGUAAAACUUGUGAAAAUAGAGAAAUUAAUGCAGUUGAUUCUGAAAAUAAAAAAAAUUUACAAAAUGAUAAUUGGAGAUUAUAUCAAUUAGAUAAAUUAAAUAGUAAUUUAAAUCAUCCUUAUAAUGGAUUUUCAACUGGUAAUUAUUAUACAUUACAUGAUUUACCUGAAUCAAAGGGUGUAAAUGUAAGAGAUACCUUGUUGAAAUUUUAUAAUGAAAGUUAUUCAUCAAAUAUUAUGAGUUUAGUUAUAUUAGGAAAAGAAGAUUUAGAUACUUUAUCAACUUGGGCAAUUGAAAAAUUUUCUUCUAUACCGAAUAAAAAUUUAACAAGACCAAAUUAUCAAAAUGAAUUAGUAUAUGAUUCAAAAAAUUUAUUAAAAUUAAUAAAAGCAAAACCUGUUAAAAAUUUACAUCAAUUAGAAAUUUCAUUUAUGAUACCAGAUGAUUUAGAAAAUAAAUGGGAUAGUAAACCUCAAAGUUAUUUUAGUCAUUUAUUAGGUCAUGAAAGUGAAGGUUCAAUAUUAAAUUAUUUAAAAUUACAAAAUUGGGUAACUGAAUUAUCUUCAGGAAAUAUGAAUGUUUGUCAAGGUAAUUCAAUUUAUAUGAUUGAAUUUCAAUUAACUCCAUUAGGUUUAAAAAAUUGGGAAAAAACUGUGGAGGUAACUUUUCAAUAUUUAAAUUUUAUCUUGUUGGAUGAACCUCAAAAAUGGAUAUGGGAAGAAAUUAAAAAUAUUUCAGAAAUUAAUUUUAAAUUUAAACAAAAAUCAGAUGUUUCUUCAACUGUUUCCAAAAUGAGUAAUUCUCUUUAUAAAUUUGAUUCUUUUAUUCCACCAAAUCAUAUUUUAAAUUCAACUGUUGUUCAAAAAUUUGAUCCAAUAGAAAUUAAAAAAUUUGGUUCACUUUUAAAUCCUAAUAAUUUUAGAUUAACUUUAGUUUCUCCUACUUUAACUAAUUUAACUCAAAAAGAACCAUGGUAUGGUACAGAAUAUGUAAUUGAAGACAUCCCUAAGGAUUUAUUACAAUCCAUUAAUUCUCCAAAACUUAAUCCAUUAUUACAUUAUCCAAAAUCAAAUGAAUUUAUUCCAACAAAUUUCGAAAUUUCAAAGAAAAAACAACCAAAACCUCAAAUAUCACCUCAUUUAAUAAAUCAUGAUAAUAAAUUAAAUGUAUGGUAUAAACAAGAUGAUCAAUUUGAAAUCCCCAAGGGAUCAAUUGAAAUAAUUUUCCAUUUACCAAAUUCAAAUACUGAUGUAAUAUCAUCAACAAAAUCUUCAAUGUUUAUAGAAAUGUUAGAUGAUCGAUUAAAUCAAAUUACUUAUUAUGCUUCAUUGGUGGGGUUAAGAGUAAAUAUGAAUUGUUGGAGAGAUGGAUUUGCAAUAAAUGUGAGUGGAUAUAAUCAUAAAUUAUCAAUUUUAUUAAAACAAGUAUUGGAAAAAUUUUUUAAUUUUAAACCAGACCACAAAAGAUUUGAAUCAUUAAAAUUUAAAUUACUCAAGGAAUUUAAAAAUUUUGGAUAUCAAGUACCUUAUUAUCAAAUUGGUUCAUAUCAUUUAAAUCUUGUGAAUGAAAAAGUUUAUGAUUAUGAUGCAAAGAUUAAAAUAUUAGAAAAUUUAAAAUUUGAAGAAAUUGAAAAAUUUAUUAAGGAAGAUAUUUGGAAAUCUGGAAUAUUUGGAGAAGUUUUAAUUCAUGGAAAUUUUGAUAUUUCAAAUGCAACAGAAAUUAAAAAUUUAAUUUCAAAACAUGUUGAUUCUAUCAAGCCAAUGAUGAAUGAAUAUGAUGAAUCAGUUUUCCAUUUAUCUAACCACAUUUUGUCACCUAAUGAAAAUCUUAGAUAUGAAGUUGAAUUAAAAGAUGAUAAAAAUGUAAAUUCAUGUAUUGAAUAUUAUUUACAAAUUUCAAAUAAAAAUGAUUUAAAAUUAAGAGUAUUUAUUGAUUUAUUAUCUAUUAUUAUACGUGAACCAUGUUUUGAUAGAUUAAGAACAAAAGAACAAUUAGGUUAUGUUGUAUUUUCAGGUUUAAAAAAAGGUCGAACUUCAUUAGGUUUUAGAAUAUUAAUUCAAUCAGAAAAAUCUUGUAACUAUUUGGAAUAUAGAAUUGAUGAAUUUUUAAACAAGUUUGGUGAAUAUAUUAAUAAUGAAUUAACAGAUGAAGAAUUCAACAAGUUUAAAACUUCAUUAAUUGAUUUAAAAUUAAUUAAAUUAAAACAUUUAAAUGAAGAAACAAACAAGAUAUGGAAUUCAAUAACUGAUGGAUAUUAUGAUUUUGAUUUUAAAUUAAAACAUGUUAAAUUAAUUGAAAAAAUUACUAAAACUGAAUUUAUUAAUUUUUUUAAUGAUUAUAUUAAAAAUGAAUCUGGUGAAACUUCAAAACUUAUAAUUUAUUUAAAUUCUCAAAUACAAAAUGAAAUUCCUGAAUCUAAAAGAAUUGGCUUGGCUUUAAAUAAUUAUGCUUAUCAUAAUGAUUUUAAAAUUGAUCAUGAAUUUAUUGAUUCUUUGGUAAAAGAGUAUACUGAUGUUGAUGAAAUAGUUGAGAAAUAUACUGAAAAAAUUAAAUCUAUUGAUUCAAAAGUUGAUAAAGAUCAAAUUUUUAAAGAUAUCAAGAUUUCAAUAAAUCAAUUAACUCCUUCAAUAUAUCCAACUGGUAAAUUAAUUCAAUCAAUUGAUGAAUUUAAAUCAAAUCAUAAAUUAGGUGAAAAACCUAUUCCUGUUACUCCAUUAUCUAAAUUUUUUUAUGAACAAUCACAUUUAUAA